AUGCUUUUUUCAGGAAACUUUACGGCCAGUCUUAUCUACUUCUGUACAUUCUAUGUCAUAAUUACAUAUAUUGUACUGAACUUACUUGUGGCUAUUAUCAUGGAGAACUUUUCACUGUUUUACUCGAACGAAGAAGAUGCUCUACUUUCCUAUGCGGAUAUACGAAAUUUCCAAAACACCUGGAAUAUUGUGGACAUACAUCAGCGUGGUGUAAUACCAGUACGACGUGUGAAAUUCAUAUUACGUUUGCUUAAGGGCCGUUUGGAGUGUGAUCCACAGAAAGACCGUUUACUGUUCAAAUAUAUGUGCUAUGAAUUGGAUAAGUUGCACAAUGGGGAAGAUGUUACCUUCCAUGAUGUGAUCAAUAUGCUUUCAUAUCGAUCGGUAGAUAUACGUAAGGCAUUACAACUGGAAGAGUUACUGGCCCGUGAGGAAUUUGAAUAUCUCGUCGAAGAGGAAGUUGCCAAAAUGACAAUACGCCAUUGGUUGGAAGGAUGCCUGAAGAAAAUUAGAGCACAAAAUGCAUAUAAACAACAAAACUCUCUGUUGGCUGGUCUACGUGCCACAAAUGAACCCAUAAUACGUCCCAGUGUACCAGAAGAUAAAACACCAACUGGUCUUGGUGAUAAAUCUGCAAUUGCCACAAUAAGUGGCACUGUGGCAGCUGCCACAUGUCCACCCACCAGUGAUGCAUUUUCUCCUACAUUUAGUUCAACCGAAAAUGAAGAGAAGGAUGUGAGUACCAGUGCAGUGGCAUCAACGCCGGGUGCUGGCGCCACUGCCGAAACAUCUACGGUGCAGGCCACCCAACGCAUCAUCACCAGCACAAAACGUGGUUAUGCCCUUAAUCGUUCCGAUUCGACGGGAAGUAGCGCUGGUCGCAAAUUCCUUGCACCAACAUCCUCAGAUCCCCAGCGGACAACGCUCACCGACAAGGAACGCCUGCACAUUGCCAAUCAACAGAAAAAGAAAAAUUCCAUGACAACCAGCACCCUACCAGUUGCCCCGCUACCAGCCUUGCCGGGACAUAAAAAGAACAGCUUCUUCGCGGGAGAUGUUAGCCAAUUCCAUUAUCCUACACUGAAUCAUUUCGAUCAUGGCCAUAUCCCAGCAUUGGGUAGUCCAUCAGGUCUAAUGCCACACAUUAUACCCGGCACAAAGUUGUUGCCGUUCAACAAUCAGGCCAAUGCCGUGUAUGAAGUUCAUGAUUGGUGGCAGGAACAAGUGCUGUGUACCCAAAAUAGCGAUGAUGAAAUGUAG